AUGUCUGUUUCAGAAAAGGUUGUUCAGCUGUUUAAGGAUAACGACAAAGCUGUGAUAACGGCCGCAUUAUUCGCACUUGUUGGUGCAUCGGUGGUAACGCGUAGAGUAUUCAGUCUUCUAAAACUACUGUUUGAUGUGUAUAUUCGACCAGGAAAAAGUCUAAAAAAUUUUGGUGCAGGACGAGGAGCAUGGGCCAUUAUUACUGGAGCAUCUGAUGGCAUCGGUAAAGAAUUCGCGUAUCAACUCGCGCAGGCAAAAUUCAAUUUACUUUUGAUCUCACGCACAGAAUCAAAAUUACAAGCUCUUGCAAAUGAAAUUGAGCAAAAACAUAAUGUCGAGACAAGAAUCUAUGCAAUGGAUUUCAGCAAAGGUAUUCCAGAAAAUCUCAAAGAAAUUAUUAACCAACUCGACGUGGGUGUUUUGAUAAACAAUGUCGCCACAAACCACGAAAUUCCGACUCCGUUUUUCUUGGAGAAUGAUCAAUUGAUUGAUAAUAUUGUCGAGGUGAAUAUCGCAUCGGUUUUAAGGAUUACCAAGAUUGUUAUUCCCAUUAUGAAAGCGAAAAAUCGAGGACUCAUAAUUAAUUGUGGCUCGUUCAGCGGAUACGUCCCUUCGCCAUAUUUAUCUGUCUAUUCGGGGUCUAAAGCAUUUUUGAGUACGUGGUCAGCAGCAAUUGGAAUGGAAUUGAAAUCUAGUGGAAUAACGGCUACAGCAAUGUCAAAAAUUCGACGUGCAACAUGGCUUAUUCCGUACCCGAAACCAUAUGUAAAAGCAGUGCUAUCAAAAAUUGGCGUACCUGGUGGUGCUAGCGCUAUCCCAUUUGGAUCUAAUGCUUAUCCGUCACAUGCGCUUGUUAAUUGGCUUAUUUCUUACACGUUUGACAUGCAUUUCUGGCUGCGACGAAAUUUCGAGCAUCAAACUGAUAUCAGAAACCGUGCAUUGCGAAAACGCGAGCGUGAAGCAGCAGCUGCCAAAUCUCAAUAA